AUGGGCAUCGGCGGUGGUGUUAACGGCCUAACACCUGCCAAUGGCGUUAACGGUGUCAACGGUACCGCCGACAUCAAUGGUGCGAAUGGCAUUCAUGGUACUACUAGUGACAUCAACGGUCACUACGAAUCAAACACCACAAAGAACCCCCCAAGCCACGCCGACAGUCCUUCAGAACAAUUGAAACCCGUCCCAAUCGCCGUCUGUGGCAUGGGCAUGAGACUCCCCGGCGGCAUCCGAAAUGACAAAGACCUCUACAACUUCCUCAUAAACAAAGGCGACGCGCGGUCGGUCAUUGGCCAAGACAGAUUCAACGUCGACGCAUACUACAGUCCACACGGGAAGCACGGCACAAUAAGCACUAAGCAUGGCUACCUCAUUAACGACGUGGACUUCUCAAAGUUCGACCUGUCGAUGUUCUCCUUUACGCCUGCGGAAAUCGAGCAGGUGGAUCCGAACCAUCGGCUUGUGCUUGAAGUUGUUCGCGAGGCGUUCGAGAGUGCGGGCGAGAAGAACUGGCGGGGGAAGAAUAUUGGCACUUACGUGGGCAUGUUCUCGGAGGAUUGGCAGGAUCUGCAGCACAAAGAUACACAUGAGUAUAAUCCCUACAGAGUACUUGGGGGGUUGGACUUUGCUUUGCCGAAUCGGGUGUCGUAUGAAUAUGACUUGAAGGGUCCGAGUAUGAUUCUCAAGAGUGCUUGCUCCUCGGCAGGUCUUAGCUUGCACCAGGCUCUACAAGCAAUCCGCCAAGGCGAGAUAACGUCCGCAAUUGUCUGCGGGAGCAACUUGAUUCUUGCUCCGGGAAUGACCAUCAGCAUGAGUCUACAAAUGGCACUCUCUCCUGAGGGAUCAUCCAAAACAUUUGAUGCCUCUGCGGACGGGUACGCGAGAGGCGAGGGAGUGACAGCUCUUUACAUCAAGCGCCUCGAUGAAGCCAUAAAGGAUGGGAAUCCCAUUCGAGCAGUUAUCCGUGGGUCAGCGAGCAACGCAGAUGGAAAGACCAACGGACUGGCUCUUCCCAACCCUGAAGCUCACGAUGCUGUCAUUCGUCAAGCCUAUAAGGCGGCAGGGCUUGGUCUGUCCGAUACGGCAAUAGUGGAGGCCCAUGGAACCGGUACCAAGAUCGGUGAUCCUAUUGAGGCAACGGCAAUCGGCAAGUGUUUUGAGCAGGGGGUAUACAUCGGAGCCAUCAAACCGAACCUUGGGCACAGUGAAGGAGCGGCGGCGUUGACUAGCAUUAUGAAAGCGGUGCUGUCUCUGGAGCAUCGCACGAUCAUCCCCAACAUCAAAUUCCAUAAUCCUAAUCCAGCUAUUCCUUGGGAAACCGCCAAAUUGACUGUUCCCGUGGAGCCGACCUCAUGGCCAACGGAUCGUGCCGAGCGUAUCAGUGUUAACUCUUACGGAAUCGGUGGCUCAAAUGCUCAUUUCAUCAUUGAUUCGGCAGCGUCAUAUGGCGUUGAAACCUCAGGCUCCCAGGCUCCCGCUGGCGCCGGAAAGCCGCAGAAGAAUCUUCUGCUCUUCUCUGCAAACCAUACCGAAGCUUUGAACGAGAUCGCCGGGAACAUGCAGGGAUAUUUAGAAGAACACCCGGAGAAUGUUAGCCAUAUGGCCUACACUCUGGCAGAGCGGCGAGAGCACCUGAAGCUGAGAAGUUUCGGUGUUGUGGACGGGAGUUCCAACCCUUUCGAUUUCUCCGCCCCCUUCAAGUUCCAAGGCCCUCGCGAGGUUGCGUUUGUGUUUACAGGCCAGGGAGCUCAAUGGGUUAACAUGGGAAAAGAGCUAAUGCUUGAUUACCCAUCCUUCCUCGAAGACAUUCGGCUCAUGGAUCGGACAUUGAAGGAGCUUGAGCAUUCGCCCUCGUGGUCGAUUGAAGAUGUCCUGUUGAACUGUGAUGAUAGAACUGUGAUUGGCCGGGCGGAAUACGCACAACCUCUUUGCACAGCUGUUCAACUGGCCCUUGUCAACCAUCUUAAAACCUGGGGCAUAGUUCCCUCCGCAGUUGUCGGACACUCUAGCGGUGAGAUUGCCGCGGCAUACGCAGCUGGAGUUUUAUUAUUGAAAGAGGCUAUCAUCGCUGCAUAUUAUCGUGGAUAUGUCUGCAGAUCUCCCCAGAGGCUGGGAGGCAUGGCUGCAGUUGGGUUGUCAAAGAAUGACGCCACCAAGUAUCUUGAACCAGGUGUCAAGGUGGCUUGCGAGAACAGUGGAUCGAGUGUCACCCUUUCUGGUGAUUUGCAGGACUUGGAAACGGUCCUUUCGAAAAUCAAGGACAAUAGCCCCGAAACUUUUGCGCGGAAGCUGCAAGUCGAAAUGGCCUAUCACUCGCACCAUAUGACGUUGGUAGGCGACGUUUAUCGCGAGCUUAUUGCUAAACACCUCUCGCCACGCUCACCCAACAUUCCAUUCUACUCCAGCGUGAGAGCGAAGCCUCUUUACCAAGCCUUGGACUUCGGGCCAGAAUAUUGGCAAGAGAACUUGGAAAGCCCAGUCCUCUUCCAUUCUGCCGUAAGGACAUUGCUUUCCGGUUCGAAAGAAUGCAGUGUUCAUUUAGAAGUUGGGCCACACUCUGCUCUUGCCGGACCGCUGAGGCAAAUAUAUUCCGAAAGUUCAUCCUCCAUCAACUAUGUUUCUGCAUUGUCCCGCGGCAAGAACGACUCGGUGUCUUUCCUAGAAGCAGUUGGUCAGCUCCAUUGCCAUGGUGUUCAAAUUUCCUAUCCCUUCUCAGAGACAGCUCAUGUCCUCACCGACUUGCCCACCUACCCAUGGCAUUAUGACAAGAGCUACUGGGGAGAGACGAGAAUUAUGAAGAACUGGAGAUUCCGCAAGCAUCUUCCUCACGACCUACUGGGUCUUCGUGUUCUCGAAGCCAGCGAGAUCUCUCCCACGUGGAGAAACGAGCUACGACUGAUGGAUGCCCCAUGGUUGCGAGAUCACUGCGUUGGCAAUGACAUCGUCUUCCCCGGAGCGGGAUACAUUGCUAUGGCCGGCGAAGCUAUCUUCCAGGUCAAUGACAUUCGAGAUUAUACCGUAAAGGAUGUGGAGCUGAGCAAGGCAUUGGUGCUCUACAACGACAAACCGGUUGAGAUUAUGACGACUUUGCGACCGCAGCGACUCACCUCUACGUUGGACAGUGACUGGUAUGAAUUCCAGAUCGUCUCUUUCGACGGAUCUGCUUGGAAUAAGCACUGCUCUGGACUGGUUCGUAGCGGUCGCGCUUCACCAUGCCCGCGAAAGAACACGCAGAGUCUCGACAGACAAGUCUCGUCCACACGUUGGUAUACAACCAUGUCCAGGGUUGGUCUCAACUAUGGCCCGAGAUUCACUGGGCUGGAGAACCUGGCAGCCAGCGUCGUCGACAAAGUUGCAGAAGCCCAUAUUUCGGAUAAGCAAGAGCCUGCGGAAUCACCAUACAUGCUUCAUCCUGCAACGCUGGAUCUUGUUUUUCAAUCUUUGACUGUAGCAACGUGUCAAGGAAUCUACCGGACCUUCAAGUCCCUGUUCCUGCCCACAUUCAUCGAGGAACUGUAUAUCGGCGAUGCGACCGGAAAGAAUAUAGUUGUCAGCACUGCUGCUGGAGGCAAGCCUGGUACGGUGGAAGGCACCUCGUACGGCAUGGUAGACAACGAUAUGGUGUUUUACCUGAAAGGCUUCAGAGGGAAAGCCAUGGAGGACUCCGGUGCCGAACAGCCCGCGGAACUGAAAUCGCUCCAGCUUCAAUGGAAGCCACACUUUGAUUUCCUGAAAGCCGGAGAUCUGAUGAAGCUCAAGUUCAAUAUUCGUGACCAGAUCCAGGAUCUCGAGCGUCUCUAUGUUCUCUGUGCCAUUGAAGCAAGAAACGCACUCGCCGAUCGACAAACUUCUCACCCUCACAUGGAGAAAUACCGCGCGUGGCUAGACGAGCAGCAUGAGAAAUUCCAGCAGCCGGAAUACCCAUUGGUAACGGACUCCUUUGACCUGACGCAAAUGAAUAAGGCCGAGCGCCGGGGUCUCAUUCCGGAGGUCUUUGAUCGAUGUCUCGCGUCGGGUGGUUGGGCGCCUGCGACCGCGAUCAAAAGGGCGUUCGAGGAAGUCGUCAACGUGUACGAGGGACGAACCGAUUACCUAGACCUUCUACUCCAGGAUGGUGUUCUUACCGGCAUUUACAGCUGGUAUAAUGAUAUCUGGGAUUUCGCGGAUUUCAUGCAACUACUCGGCCAUGCUAAGCCACAGUUGAGGAUCCUCGAGAUCGGUGCAGGAACCGGUGGAUUGACAGCCAAGUUCCUUGAGCAACUGAGAUCCGAUUUCGAUGAGAGACUGUACCUUAAAUACACGUAUACUGAUAUCUCGUCGGGUUUCUUUGUUCAAGCCAAGGAGCGAUUUAAGGAUUAUGAUGGCAUCGAAUACAAAGCGCUUGACAUUUCCAGGGAUCCCUUGGAGCAGGGGUUCAACGCUGGGGAGUACGAUCUGAUAAUCGCUUCUAAUGUUCUGCAUGCGACGCCAUUUUUGCAGGACACGUUGACCAAUGUGCGAACCUUGCUCCAGCCCAAGGGUCAAUUGUUUCUUCAGGAACUGUGUCCCAUAACUCGUGCUAUGAGCUUCAUUAUGGGCCAGUUUCCAGGAUGGUGGUUGAGCGAAGAAGACGGUCGCAUCGGUAGUCCAUUUAUCUCUCCCGAUGAAUGGGAUAAGAGAUUGCGUCUUGCGGGCUUCGAUGGCUGCGAUUCUGUGACUCUCGACAACGAGCAACCCUACACCUACAACUCCAAUAUAAUCGCGAAGCCAGCUGUCAAGCAUGAAUAUUCCCAGAGGGUCACUUUACUUCAUCCAUCAGAGCCUACUGCAUUUUCUUCGGAGGUGGAGGCGCUCCUCCAAAAGCAAGGCGUUGAAGUGGACCACUGCAAAUGGGGAGACGCACUUCCAGCAGAUCAGGAUCUCAUCUCUUUCGUGGAUCUCGGAGAUCGGCCACUACUGCAGGAUAUCUCGGAGGAUGAUCUCUCUCAUUUCUUGCGUCUUGUUGACUCUCUCCAAAUAUCGACGGUUCUUUGGCUCUCGCAUUCUGCUCAGAUCGGGCCCAAAGAUCCGCACGCGGCACAGAUUCUCGGUAUGGCGAGAACCAUAAGAUCCGAGCUUGCGAUGUCAUUUUCCACGCUCGAGCUCGAGGACCUAAAGCCCGGAUCUGCGCAGGCUGUCGUGAAUGUCAUCGAAACAUUGCAAGAUUCGAGAGAUGACAUCGGCGAACUCGACACGGACAUGGAAUGGGCCUGGUCGAACGGCCAAUUGCAUACCGGCCGUUUCCACUGGGUUCCGGUUGAAAAAGCCCUUUGCGAGACCGCAGAAGCCCCCAAGACGAAGGGCCUUUCGAUUGGUACACCUGGACUAUUGCAAACGCUUCACUGGGCUAGCCAGCCCUUGGGCGAGCUGAGUCCGGACGAGGCCAGUAUCCGAAUGUCAGCCGUGGGACUCAACUUCAAGGACGUUAUGAUUGCUAUGGGUGUUAUUCCCGGUGGAGAUACCAUCAAAGAUGGCAGUAGCCCGCUGGGACUGGAGGGAACUGGUUAUGUCACCAAUAUUGGCUCCGAAGUUUCGAAUAUUGCUGUCGGCGACCGGGUGAUGCUGAUCGGGUGUGAAUCCGUCGGAAUGGCCACGGUCAUUAACAGACCAGCUUGUCUGUGCGUGAAGAUCCCCGACCAGCUGAGUGACGACGAGGCGGCCACAAUGCCUGUCGUCUACAUCACUGUCUUGAUGUUCCUGGUUGAGAAGUGGAAGCUCGAGAAGGGCCAGUCGAUCUUGAUUCACAGUGCAGCUGGAGUAGGUGUCGGGAUCUGCGCGAUCAACGUGGCCCAAUGGAUCGGGGCAGAGAUAUACGCCACGGUUGGCUCAGAAGAAAAAGCGGCGUUCCUGACCGAAGAGUUUGGAAUUCCAGAAGAGCGCAUCUUCAAUUCCCGAGACAGUAGCUUCCUUGACGGUGUUAUGAACGCUACGCAUGGCGUGGGUGUGGAUUUGGUGUUGAAUUCGCUCUCGGGCGAGUUGCUUCACACCUCAUGGAAAUGUGUUGCUCCCUACGGUGCGAUGGCUGAAAUUGGCAAACGCGAUAUGGUUGGUAGGGGAAAGCUUGCCUUGGAUCCAUUCGAAGAUAACCGGGCCUUUAUCGGUGGCGACAUCGCUCGUCUGCUUGUUACGCACAAGUCUACUGUGGCACGACUUUUGCAGCUGAUGGUGGAGCAAUACCAAAAGGGUCUUUUCAAGCCCAUUAAGCCGAUCACUACCUUCAAUGCCGAGAAUGCAGAAGAUGCCUUCCGAUUCAUGCAGAAAGGCACCCAUAUCGGCAAGGUCGUUAUCAAGUUCCCCCAGGAGGAUACUCUGCCCUUGACUGCCACCGUUCCCGCGCCACGGUUCCGCAGCGAUGCUUCUUACCUCCUUGUUGGUGGUCUAGGAGGGCUUGGGAAAGCGAUUGCCAGCUGGAUGGCAUUACACGGAGCCGGAAACCUGAUGUUCCUGUCUAGGUCCGCCGGCAAGUCCGAGGAGGAUCGCCUGUUCUUGAAGGAGCUGAACAUGAUGGGCUGUUCCACUCAGUGCUUUGCAUGCGACAUUGCCGAUCCGAGCGCCGUUAAAAACGCCAUUGGCCAAGCCUCCCUGCCAAUCGCUGGAGCCAUGCAAAUGGCAAUGGUGCUACGUGAUGUGGGCAUCCUCGGCAUGGACAUUGAUUCAUGGCGCACGGCGGUUGCCCCUAAGGUGCAAGGAACCUGGAAUCUGCACGACCACCUCCCGAAGGACAUGGACUUUUUCGUUCUGUUUUCCUCUAUCGGAGGAACCUUCGGUUAUUAUGGCCAGUCCAACUAUGCAUCGGCCAACACAUUCCUUGAUUCCUUCGUCCAGUACCGCCAAGCCAUGGGCCUCGCGGCCUCGGUCAUGGAUAUAGGCCCGGUCGACGACGUAGGAUACGUCAGCAGGACUCCCGCCACAAGGGAGACGCUUAUCGCCACUCUGGAAACAUUAUUGACGGAGCAGAACUUCCUGGAUAGUUUGCAACUGGCCAUCGCGCGAUCUUCAACCCGCUACGCACCAGCUGAUACACGCUCCGCCCUAGCUGGAUUCCAAAACCCCAGCCAUAUCGUGCAGGCGUUGGAAUCGCGCAUCCCAAUCAUGGAUCCCCAGAACGGAAGCAUGUGGAAGCGAGAACCUCGGAUGGCGAUCUAUCGCAAUAUUCAGAAAACGUCCGAAGCCGAGAGAAGUGAUGCUGCGGACCAGCUGAAGCACUUCCUCGCCAGCAUGAUGAGUGAUCCGGCUAAGCUGGAGCAAGAGGCGUCCGCGGAUGUCAUUGCCACAGAGCUGGCACAUUGUGUGGCUAGCUUCCUGAUGCGCGAGGAAGACGAAAUCCCUGUGUCUGCCACCCUCUCGGAUGUUGGCGUGGACUCAUUGGUGGCGAUUGAAGUGCGCAAUUGGUGGAGGCAAAAUCUGAGCAUUGAUGUCUCGGUUUUGGAAUUGAUGAAUGGUGGUAGUAUUGAGAACUUGGGUGGGUUGGCAGCGAAGAGGCUUCAGCAGAAGUACUCGAGCAAAUAG